UCUCAGACAUCAUCCUCAGCUGGUCCUCACUCAGCCAACAUCCUCAGCCCAUACUCAAUCAGCCAACAUGAAGCUCGUGAUCCUCGCCUGCCUCGCCGCCGUCGCUGUCGCCGCCCCGCAGUUUAGUCGGCAUUACACCCAUCCUUAUCAUCCAGACUACAGGCAUAUCGCCAUCCUGAGGGACGACCGACAGGAUAACGGCGAUGGCAACUUCCGCUACGACUUCGAGACCGAGAAUGGCAUCGCCGUCAGCGCUGUUGGCCGCCCGGGCUCCAGGGGCCAGAGCAACAUCCAGGGUUCCUACAGGUUCCCAUUCCCCAGCGGCGGCUACGGUGAGGUUCGCUACGUCGCUGAUGAAUUGGGAUACCGCCCCUCAUCCCCUCUGAUCCCCACACCCCACCCACUCCCCGCCCACGCCAUCGAACAGAUCCGCAUCGCCGAGGACCAGCGCCGCCGAGGCAUCACCUUCCAGUAAGAAGACCAUCCCGAAGAAGAGACGACGAUAUCCAAGCGGCGACGACGAAGGGCUGCAGGAACAGGAACUCGACUCAGCUGCUUGGAGUGACAGUCGACCCUGACACUCCAUGUACAGAUUCUGUCUUGUUCCAAAAUAUAUUCUAGCAUGAUA